AUGGUGAAGCGCGCCGGCCGGGGGUUGUCGGUCAAGGACCUCCCCGACCACCUGGCCGAACUUUUACGCCUCCACGACGUGAAGGGGACGCCGUUGACACGCGCCGAGGUCUGCAGCCGGUUCACGAAGGAGCACGGGUGCUCGCGCGAGAGCACCGAGAAGGCGCUGGACGCUUUGAUUCAGAUGCACAAGGUCAUCGAGGUGGCUUCGGAGCAGAACACCUUCCCGGUGCUGCAUGACCUGCUCCGGUUCAAGUGAGUUUUUUACGACAAUAAGCAUUUUGAAUAUUUAGAAGAGAAAUGGAUCGAAAAAAUGCGAAAAUUCUUCAAAAUUCACCUUGUUUUUGUUAAAAUAAGGUCAAUUUUUGAUGAUUUUGGAUAAAAUCUUUAAAUCCAGAGCAAACUUAGUCCUGAAACCACGUUAUAAUUUGCUUUCAAGGCUUUUGUCAUCAUUUACUUGAUAAGAAACCCAAAAAUUUUUGAAAAAAUCAUCAUAUUUUAUCUAAAAUAGAGUAAAAUUUUUUCAGAUUUUUAUAGAAAAGUUGUUCUCAUGGCUCGUUUAUAUUCUAAAUGGAUUGAAAAUUGUUUUUGGGGGAGUUACAACAAUUUAAAACAGCUGAAAAUAAAAAAAUCAUCAAAUUUUACGCGAAAAAAGCUAAAAUUUGAUGAAAAAUUUAUAAAUUUAUAAGAAAUUUUGACUUUUUGAGGGAUUUUCUUUCAUUUUUUUGAUUGUAAAAUACGAGAAUUAAAGUUACAGACCAAAAAAAAUUAUAUUAUCCAUGACCCAAAAAAAAAUUUUUUUUUUUAAUUCCUUAAAUUUUCAGGAUGUCCCGCGAGCGCCGUCUCCGCGUCGGCCCCACCACCGAUCUCUACAAUGUGGUCCGCAAUUCGCUGAUCGAACGCUCCGCGCGCUCCUCGCAGUACGCCUUGUCCGUCUCGGAAAUCCACGAUUACGUCCAAUUAACCUACCAAUUGGAGGGGAAUUCGGACGAGCAUCUGUUUGCGGGCAUCUUGAGGACCGUGAAAUUGAUGCUGAAACGGGAUUUGGUCGAGGAAAAGGUGCCCCUUCACAAUAAUGACAGCAAAUAUUUCGCCACCAGCUCAUUGAUGUUGAAUGUAAGUGGGAUUGCGCUUGAUUUUGAGGUUUUAGGACGUUAGAGUUCAUAUUUUGGCGUUGGAAUUCGAAAAUUUAUUCAAAUUUCAAAAAAAAAUUUUUUGCACAGUGCAGAUUUUUUCCGACCGCACUGUGCAAGUUCUAUAAGUUUCGCACAGUGCAGAUUUUUACUUUUUUCCGACCGCACUGUGCGAGUUUUAUAAUUUUCGCACAGUGCAGAUUACAAUUUUUUGGCCGCACAGUGCGAGUUUUGUAAUAUUUUCGCACAGUGCAGAUUUUAACUUUUCCGACUGCACAGUGCGGUUUUAUAACCUUUGCACGGUGCAGAUUUUCAUUUUUCCGACCGCACAGUGCGAGUUUUAUAACCUUCGCACAGUGCAGAUUUUUACUUUUUCCGACCGCACAGUGCGAGUUUUAUAACCUUCGCACAGUACAGACUUUUAAUUUUUCCGACUGCACAGUGCGAGUUUUAUAAUUUUUGCACAGUGCAGAUUUUAACUUUUGCGACCGCACAGUGCGAGUUUUAUUGCUUUCGCACAGUGCAGACUUUUAAUUUUUCCGGCUGCACAGUGCGAGUUUUAUAAUUUCCGCACAGUGCAGAUUAAAAUUUUUACGAUUAGACCGCACUGUGCAAAUUGAAUUUUUCUCAUUGCACAGUGCAGAUUUUUGUUUUUCCGACAGCACAGUGCGAGUUUUGUAAUUUUCGCACAGUGCAGAUUUUAACUUUUCCGAUAGCACAGUGCGGUUUUAUAACCUUUGCACGGUGCAGAUUACAAUUUUUCGACCGCACUGUGCAAGUUCUAUAAUUUUUGCACCGUGCAAUUUUACUUUUUCCGACCGCACAGUGCGAGUUUUAUAACUCCCGCACAGUGCAAAUCUUAAAUUUUUUGACCGCACAGUGCGAGUUUUAUAACUCCCGCACAGUGCAAAUCUUAAAUUUUUUGACCGCACUGUGCGAGUUUUAUGAUUGUCGCACAGUGCAGAUUUGUUCCGACCGCACAAUGCAGUUUUAUAGUUUCCGCACAGUGCAGAUUUUUAUUUUUCCGAUCGCACCGUGCGAAUUUAAUUUUUCUCACUGCACAGUGCACAUUAGCGCAAAAUUUAAAUUAAUUUUUUUUUAAAAUUGUUAUUGAGGUAAAAUACGAUUUAUUCAGUCAACUGCAAGGAUAACAGCGGUUCAAAUGGCUAGGAAUCAAUGUUUGUCUACAGGGUGUCCAGAGAAAUGUGCCGGAAAGUUUUUGUCGAUUUCUUGGCGCUCAAUCAAGAUAUCCGAAAAAUUCUUUUUGCAAGAUAAAGAAGAAUAUGGGCGGUUUUUUGUGCAAAAGAAUCAUUUUCUCCGCCAGCGCGGAAGGCAGUGUAUUCGGCGGAGACUUUUGAUCGCUUUUUUGAUCAUCGCACCAACUUUAAACGCUUUAUUAUGAACUUUGAUGGUUGAAACAAAGAUAUUUGCAUAUUUUCAUGUUUACCAAGUGUUCGGCGAAGGUAUGGCGGACGCUCGCCGAAUCGGCGGAGGCCAUAACUCGUCUGCGGACAAGACAUGGUCCAACACAACUUUCAUGGCCUGGCUAGAACACCCUGCUGGCUUCGUAUGCCUUCGAAAAUUUUGUCACCAAGCUUUAGCAGAAGCUAAGCCAUCGGAACCACUUGGUGCACCAGAAAACAACAAAAAAUUUUUUGUUCAAAUUUCCUUUUGCCUUGCUGUUUCAAACCGCCGCACGGUGCACUCGAACUUUAUCGGUGUUGCAGCGACAGGCUGCACCGUGCAGUCGCUAUAUGGGAUCGCAUUGCGAUGUCGCUGUCUGUGUUAUUUAUUGCGUCAAAAAUUUGAAGACUUUCCGGAAGUUUCAGCAUCAUAAUAAAGCGUUUGAAAUUGGUGUGAUGGCCAAAAAAGCGAUCAAAAGUCUCCACCGAAUACACUACUUUCCGCGCUGGCGGAAAAAAUGAUUCUUUUGGACAACAAACCGCCCAAAUUCUUCUUUAUCCUGCAAAAAGAAUUUUUCUGAUAUCUUUAUUGAGCGCCAAGAAAUCGACAAAAACUUUCCGGCACAUUUCUCUGGACACCCUGUAGUAUAACAUCGAGAAUUACUAUUUUUUUUCUCAGAAAUCUUUUAUUUAUCGAAUAUUUCAGCCAACCCUCCCUUCAUCAGACCCUAAACCCUCCACAUCCACCAAGAUUCCCAUGGAAUUGUCGAUAGAUCACAGCCAAAUCCCCUCGUCUUCGUCGCCAAGUCCCAACUCCACGGGAUCGGUGAAGAAGCGAGAGAAACGCCUCUCCGAAGCGUCCCAGCAGAACAGCGAUGCCAGUAAGACCGAGCUGAAGAGCCUCCAAGAUAGCCUUUCGUCUUAUUUUACACCAUCAAACUCAAGGCGUUCGAGGGUGGCCCAAUCUUCAUUUUCAUUGGAGAAUUUUCAAACCAUGGAUGAUGACAAGUUGGGACCGCUGGAAAUUGAUGUCGACAAAGCUGGCAGUGCCAAAAAUGACGAUGAUUCGAAUGGUAUUUUUUUGGAAUUAAAAAAAUUUUUUUUGAAAAAUCAUUUUUUUUUGCACAGUGCAAACGGAAAAAAGAAACAAUUGUUGCACAGUGCAGUUUGUUUCCUCUGCACAGUGCAAAGUUUUCAAAAGCAAACUGCACAGUGCAGGUUCUCAGCGACAAAAUGGUUCAAAGCGGACCGCACUGUGCGAAUUUUCGUGUUCUUUGCACAGUGCAAAGUUUCGAAAAAAAAACUGCACAGUGCAGAUUUUCAGCGACAAAAAUGCUCAAAGCGGGCCGCACUGUGCGAAUUUUUGUGUUCUUUGCACAGUGCAAAGUUUCCAAAAACAAACUGCACAGUGCAGAUUUCCUGCGACAAAAAUGUUCAAAGCGGAAUGCACUGUGCGGUUUUUUGUGUUUCUUGCACAGUGCAAAUUUUUCAAAAGCAAACUGCACAGUGCAGGUUCUCAGCGACAAAAUGGUUCAAAGCGGACCGCACUGUGCGAAUUUUCGUGUUCUUUGCACAGUGCAAAGUUUUCAAAAGCAAACUGCACAGUGCAGGUUCUCAGCGACAAAAUGGUUCAAAGCGGACCGCACUGUGCGAAUUUUUGUACUGCUUGCACAGUGCGGAGAUUGGCGACAAAUGUUUCAAAGUGAACUGCACAGUGCAAGGGUUGAUUUUCGUUGCACAGUGCGGAAGCGAAAGGAUGAAAAGUUUUUGAUUGCACCGUGCAGUUUUUCUUUUGAACAUUGCGACGUCGCAGCGACAAAAUUUUCCAAGUCGACUGCACCGUGAGAUUUUUUGCACAGUGCGGAACAGCGCGAGCGACAAGAUUUUCUAAUCUGACUGCACUGUGCAAAUUUCUAAUUUUUUGCACAGUGCAGAUUUUUUGGAGGAUUUUAUCGCACUGUGCGAAAGGAAAAUUAAGAAAUUUUCGGUUGUAAAAUAAAAUUUGCAUAAUCUUACAGUAUCCUCCCCAUCUCCACAACGCCAAACCGACCGACUGUUCGACUCGCUGUCGCCGUAUUUCAGCGCCAACACGGAACGCCGACGGAAACAUGAAAAAGGCGAAUACAAGCAGCUAUGUAAUGGGAUUCCGUUGAAAAAGAAAGGUGAGAUUAGCCCGCGGAUUAAUCCAAUUCUUGGAUUUUCAGGCAAAUCCGAGGACGGAAUUGUCAAGGAUGUCCUUCAUGAUGUCAAAAACGAUGAGGAGGUGAGCUUUUAAGCCCGAUUUUUGGUGAAUUACUUGGGGGUUUUGAUUUUUAGAGGCUGGAUUUUGCUUGAAGCUAUCUUCAAAAAUUUUUUAAUUGCUUAAAAAUUCGAAAUUUUUGAAUGUUUAAAAAAAUAUUUUUUUUUGCACGGUGCAAAAUUUUUGAAGAACUGGAUUGCACUGUGCGGAUUUCUUGCUACAAUUUUUUGCACUGUGCAGUUUCCGAAUGUCUUUGAAUUUUCGCACGGUGCAAAAUUUUUAAAGAACCGGACUGCACCGUGCAUAUUUUUUGCCACGAUUUUUUGCACCGUGCAGUCUCCUAAUGUCUUUGAUUUCUCUGCACGGUGCGAAAAUUUUGAAGAACCUGACCGCACCGUGCGAUAGAUGUUUUGCAAUUUUUUUGCACAGUGCAGUCUCCUAAUGUCUUUGAUUUUUUUGCACUGUGCGAAAAUUUUUGAAGAACCGGGCAGCACCGUGCAAAUUUUUUGCUACAAUUUUUUGCACAGUGCAGUUUCCUAAUGUCCUUGAUUUUUUGCACUGUGCAAAAAUUUUAAAGAUCUGCACAGUGCAGAUUAUCGGACGCCAGUUUUUCGCACAGUGCAGUUUCCCAACUUUUUUGGUUUUUUGCACAGUGCAAAAAUUUUAAAAAACCAGACUGCACUGUGCAGAUGUUUUUGGUAAAUAUUUUUUUGCACAGUGCAAAGCUCUUUUCUAAAUUUCUUUUGCACUGUGCGGCUGAAAAAAAAGCUUCUGUUUUUUGCACAGUGCAGAUUAUCGGACGCCAGUUUUUCGCACAGUGCGGUCUCCCAAUGUUUUUGAUUUUUUUGCACGGUGCAAUCAAGGGCUCAAUUUUUUUGCACUGUGCGAUGGGAAAAAAAUCGACUCAUAUGUUCAAAAUCGACCAAAAAAAAAUUUUUUUUGUCAAAUUUAUUGUACAGAGAGCUAUUCUGUGCACUUUUUUCUCCAUUUCCUCUCCUUGCCUCAUCCAUUUUACCCUUCCUUUUUCGAAAAUUUUGCGCAAUUAUCAGAUUAGAAGUUGGCUAUCAGUCAGUUUCCGAGCCCUUUGUUUUUCGGUUCUUUCAGCGAACGCUCUCUCCUUUUUUCGUCUUCGGCUGACUCGAUUUUUCGUUGUAACGGACGUUUGUAAAAUGUUUUUUCGGGAAAUUUAAUUACUUGUCUGUUUUCUGUUUGUUUUCGGGAGAUAAUUUUUAGAAAAAUUUUGGAUUUUUUGGGGGUUUUGGGUGAAAUACGGAGGGAAUAUUGGUUGACAAGUCAUCCUUAUUGUUUUCUAUAGUAAAAUAAGAGAUAAAUUAGAGAUUUUUUAAUCAAAAAAUGACUGAAAAAAGAGAAAAUUUAAAAAUUUUCUGAAAUUUUGUAUAAAAUUGGCAGUUUUUGUCUUCAAUUUGUAAAAAUUUUGGUCAAAUUACCUUUCUAUAGUCAUAUUUAUACCUUUAAAUCAUAAAAUUUUCACUUUUUUGCAAUUAUUUUUUUUUGCGGAAAACUCAAAAUUCAAAAAAAAAACUCUUCAGAUUCCCCCAAAAAACCGUCUAUUAUUGUGUUUACUUACUUGGAAUUGUUUUGAACUUCAAUUCCAAGUUUUAUCGCCCGAUCUUUGCUCCAAUUUGUCAUAUUCAUCUUCAAAGAGACCAAGUAUAACAUAAAAAGUUUAAAAAAAAAAAGAGUGUUGCUUCGGUCUGAAAGUCCAUAAUCAGCCUUAUCAAGGUCUAUAGGUUUGUGUGGGCCAGUGUAAUAGGUCAAAAUUUAUAUUUUUUUAUAUUAUCCAUGAUAAUUUUGACAGAUUUUUGGCAAAAUUUAGCGAUUUUCUAUGGUGAUAAAAAUAGUUGGAAUUGACAGGAAUACGGUUGAUGGUUAGAUUAGGACAAUGCUUUUGUCAUUUUGUGUUGGUUUUUUUCGUAGAGAAGCGAUUUCGGCCCCCGCGGCGCUUUUUUACGUGAUUUUUUUGUAAUGAGUUUUUUCCGACAAAAAAGAUCAUCCUUGUCUGAAAGGUGGAUCAUUUCAAGUGGCAUUUUUAUUACCCUAAAAGAUAGGAUGAAAGUUUUGAUCAUAUAAGGCCGAAUUUUUCGUAAAAAAACAAGUAAAUGGACAGAGCAGGAGUUUGCACUGUGCAAAUGUUUGAACUACUUAUAAAGUAAAAAUUUUGUGGUUUUAUAAGCGAGUAUAUGUCUUGAGAAACUAAGUGGAUGUCAGUAGUGUCGUUCAUGACAAUUUUUAAGUCAUCGGAAUUUCCUGCAGCGGAAAAAAAUUGAACUUAAAAUCUGCACUGUGCAAAAUUUUAGAGGUUGAAAUUCGCACAGUGCAGAGGAAGUUUGAUGUCAAAAAGUGUGAAAUAAGCUAGAAUAGGUCUUCACAAAUAUGCUAGGCUGAAAUUUUAUUUUUGCUGGGCCCCACUGUCAUGCAGAAAAACAAGCCUCAAAAAUCGCACAGUGCAAAAAAAAAUUUUUUUUUGGUUUGUCGGCCUAUCCCUAAAACCAAAAUUCUUGUCUACUGUGUCUGUUAACUUUGUUUUCUCCUCAUUUUCAACUGCAUGUUCAAAUGAACAAUGAAACUUGUGAUAAUUCCCAUAAUCAUCGUAUUUUUUUAGCGAGAACCACGUCAUCAUCAAACCCCCAGUGUAUCCUCGGUUUGUGGGAGUGGCGAGAACGUCGAAGUGGCACGAAUGUCGCCGCCAAUCAAGAGGAAACAUACUAGCUUCGAUUCCGAGGACCUGGUCUCGCCCCCUUCGCAUUCGUUGACACCCAGUGAUUGUGCUGGACCAAUCAGAUCGAGACAAAGGCGAGUUGCCAACAGAGCCAGUGCCAAUUUGUUGAAACGAGCUCGACAACAUCAAGGUAAUUGUUUCCAGGCCCAUUUGCCACCUUUUUUCGUAUAAAAUUGAAAAUUUAUUUUUUCGGCAGCUCGCGCCCCAACUUUUUCUGUUCUCGUUUUGCGCGCGCGCGAAAACGGAUGCGAGGUCAAGUAAUUUAGCACAGAUCUGUAUCAAUACAAUUUGCUGCACACUUCCUUGUACUGAUGAAUAUUUUUUAUAUGCAGCUCGGUUGGCAAAUUCGCAAAAAUUAUUGAAUUCGGCCUCCACGUCCAAUUCGGUGCCAAAGCACAGCUCCGUGAACAACGUCACAUCGCCCAGGAAGAACAGAAAUACAGCACAACCCGUCAGCACCAAAGUUGUCAACAGCAGUACCAUUAAAAUGUAAGAUUUUUUGUUAUUUUUUGUUUGACUUUUAGAGAAGGGUCAUGGAUAAUAAGAGGUUCUUUUGGUCGGAAAAAAUACGAAUGAUGCUCGAUGCCUUUUGAGAGAGCUUUGUUACACUCUGUAUGAAAUUUAUUUGCAGCUGUUGAAUUGAGAAGUUGCUGUUUUGGCGAGUAUUCACCUUCCACAUAGUUAGAAGUAGAUUGUUAAUUUAUAGGCAAAAUUAUAUUUAAAAAUUUGUGGUAUAGCUGUAGUUAGAAGAACAACAAUGUUUGUUUUCUAUAAGCCAUAAACUGGACUGAUACGCGUGCAACUCAUGGGGUUUUUAUAUUGUUUUAGGUAAUAAAUAGAGAUAAAUUUUAAAACUGAAUUUUUAUGGUUUGAUAAACAUCAGUUUUUGGUUUUUUAUAACUGUUUACGACGUCUGCCGAAUUUAGAACGUCUCCGUUGCGAAGGUCUGGUUCGUUUUCACCUCUAAAAUCAGUUAUGGAGCAGUCAACAUCCAAGGAGAACGCGUACCCCAUAAAUGUCCCAAAGGAAGAUGAGGAGCUUUUCAACAGGGCUCAGAAGAUGGUUCAAGAUGUAAGUGUUAAAAUUUUUUGUCAUCAAGUGGAUGAAUAAAUUGUUGUAGCAUUUUUUGAUAUUACACUAGGCAAAUUUAAAAUUAUAAUUUAUUGAUGUUAUUCUUUCAGCGGAUGGACGAACAUGCUCGAGUGAUGGCUGAGAAAGGUGAAGAAGCCGUGUACCCUUCAAAAAUCCGAAUUGGUCGGCAUGAAAUCGAAGUUUUAUAUUCAUCCCCAUAUCCAGCUGAAUUCGCCGGCGUUUGCCCUCUUUACAUCUGCGAGCAUUGUCUAAUGUACAUGGCAAAUGAUAAGCGACAUAAGGUAAGGCGUUUUUCUUUUCUAUGUUUUGAAUUUUAGAGCAGAAACAGGAGUUUUAUCAAUAAAUUGAACUUGAUGUCUAUUACAAUAUAAAAUUUCUGUAAUUUUUAGUCAAAAUGCACCCGUCGCUUUCCCCCAGGCAAUGAGAUCUAUCGCAAGGACAAUUUGUCGAUAUUCGAAGUGGAUGGGAACACGGCGAGAGUGUAUUGUCGGAAUCUUUGUCUUCUGGCCAAGUGUUUUAUGGAGCACAAAACGCUUUAUUACGACGUGGAACCGUUUCUGUUCUACGUCUGCAUGCUCCGAGAUGAAUAUGGCUUGCAUUUUGCCGGUUAUUUUUCGAAGGAAAAGUUCAGCCAUCAGAAGUUCAACUUGGCUUGCAUUGUUACACAACCCGCAUAUCAAAAUGCUGGAAUUGGAAGGUUCCUCAUUGAUUUUAGUAAGUUAUUUUGAAUUUAUUUUUGGAUUUUAGGAUGGGUCAAGUUAUUGGAUUACAAUCUGCAGAAGUAGCCUGGUUUUAGACAUCCCUUUCAAGAAAGUUAUAUUACACUAGAGAUUAAUUUCAAAAUUCUUCAGGUUAUCUCCUCUCCCGUCAAGAAAGCAUGCUCGGAACACCAGAACGACCUCUGUCAGAGCUCGGCAGGAUAGCCUAUGAGAGUUAUUGGCGCACAGCGAUAUUCGAAUUCCUCUACAAGCGCAAAAAAAGAGGCCCGGUGGAGACUUUGUCGUUGAUGGAGAUCUCGCGAGGCACUGGAAUCUCGAAUCAUGAUGUCGUGGACACCCUAAAAGCCCAAGGGUUCAUUGGACAAAAUGAUGGGGAAAUUGUCUGGCUCUUCGAUUUCGAUCGGAUUGAGGAACACUGGAUCAAAGCCGAGAAGGAUCCGAAAAGAAUAUGGCUGGAUGAAUCGAGGUUGAGGUGGACGCCGAGGGUAUACACACCAACUAUCGAUCUGACUACGCCAACUCGAAUCGCCCAACUCGAAAAUGUAAGUGAGGGGGCAUGGAUAAUAUGAUAUACAUAAUAUCGCUGGUCUAAAAAGGGAGUGGAGAAUAGAUACGAGAUCAUGAAGAAAGGUGAACCAAGAGCUUACAGAGGGCUUGAGCUCAAAAAUAAAAUAAAUUUUUCUGUGACAAUGAUACAGUAGCGGAACUGAUCCAGUGGCAAAAAACGUACCAUUUUGCAUCAUGGAGGUAUCAAAAACGCGGCAAAAUACUUCCCUCUCCAAGUGAAAAGACUCCGAUUUAAGUUUGUGAGGGAUGCGCCCUUUAAAACGGAGUUUUUUCGCUUGGAGAGGGAGGUAUUUUGCCGCUUUUUUGAUCCUUCCCGGAUGAAAAUGAUACGUUUUUUGUCACUGGAUCAGGUCCGCUACUGUAUCAUUGUCAAAAAAGUUUUAUUUUAUUUUUGAGCUCAAGCCUUCUGUAAGCUCUUGGCCCACCUUUCUUCGUGAUCAUUGUAAUACUAACUUUGCUAAUCACAUAAUUCUUUAGACCCCACAACAAGCCGAGAACUCGCCGAAAAAGAAUCGUCGCGUCCUCAACCCGAAAAACGAUCAACGCGGCCGAGCCGCCCGCAACUCCGUCCCCACGGACCAGGAGGACCAGAAUCACGCCGCCGGCGAAGAGACGUCGCCCCCACGCCCGCGCAAGAACCGAAAAAACUCGAAGGCGGCGGUGCUCGCGCCCAAGAACCAGCUGCUGCAGCUCUCCGACGAGGACGUCGACCCACCGCCGAUGAGCCGCCGGUCCUCUUUCGUCGGCCAAAAACCCCGACCAGAUUUAAACGGUAAGAGGUUGGAGCUUGUAUUUGAAUACUUUUUUGUCGUUUUUGAGUCUAAAAUACGACUAUAUGUCUACUACAAGGUCUUUUUUCCUCGUCUAACCGUCUUUUCAGUCACAAUAUCCCCGCACAAGUACUAUACAAGGAAAAAUGCUCGGUUUCAUCCGUAUAAAUAAUAUAUAAAGUAUUUAAUCCCUCACUUUUAUCUUUUAUCUGACCUCAUUUUUGUCCGUUAAUAAAAUAUUUUCAUCGAGUCAAGUCUUCAUUGUCUUGUAUUCAAGUCUGCAAUGGGUUUGAAGUCUCAUACCCAGAGAAACUUUGGACAUUUUGGCAACUUUUGUAAUACAAAAGGAGCAACUUUGGAUAAGAACCCUUCGUUUGUCGACAAAUUUGGGUAUAACCCUCCCAUUUUCUAGGCAACCGCCGGCCACGCCCCUCGACCAGCACGGAAAGAAGCAGCGACGACGAUGACUUUGAGCCGCGACGCCAAUUGCGCGUCGCCGGCCGUCGCACGAGCGCCGCCGCGAAAAAGGAACCCAAAAGGAAACGGAAACGCCACCAAAAGACGGCUCCGCAUUCGGACGACGAGGCCGCGUCCAGCAACUCGGAUUGGUCUCGGACCGAGUCCAUGGCCUCGUCGGUGUCGAAGCCGGGACGCGGAAAGUCGUUUUCGAAGGGGAUGAAAAACGAGAGCAAGUUGGUCGAAAAUGAGAACGAAACCAUUCAUGGACUGUCCAGUGAUGAAGGUGGGAUUCGAAAAAAAAACUCGGAGACGAAGUGUACAGUGGCGGACCUGAUCCAGUGGCAAAAAGCGUAGCGUCUUGCAUCCGGGAAGUAUCAAAAAUGUGGCAAAAUGCCUCCCCUCCAAGUGAAAACACUCCCAUUUCAAAAGCGCGCCUACUCUUUGUGAGGCGCCCCUCAAAACGUUUCACUUUUAGAGGGAGGCAUUUUGCCACAUUUUUUGAUACUUUCCGGAUGCAAAAUGAUGCGUUUUUUUGCCACUGGAUCACUGUAGCAUAACGAUAAAAUUGCUUAUAAUUUUCAAUUACGAAUCAUGUCUUACAUUCCAAACUUUUCAGAAGACAUCUUGAUUCCCCCACCUCGCCGUCCCUCAGCCUCAGGGAAGAAGGGCAAACCAGCAGCCGGAAAAAAAGGCGGUAAAGGCAAAAAAUCGAAGAAAGCUGGCUCUGACUCCGACGAAGGCGACAAAACCUAUGUUGUCGGUGGGCGGGGAAACAAAAAGGUUGGCCGAAAACCGGGACGACCUGCUCCGGCAAAGGUGGAGAGGACCAAGAAAGGGAUUGGUAAACGAAUCGAUGACGUCACUUUUAAGCCGAGUGCUACAGCGCCCACCUCCGAAGCGUCCUCGAGAACAACAUCACCGCGUCCUUCGACUUCCACCAACAUUCACCAUCGUUUGCUGGUGAACGAAAGCGACGACGACGAUGAGGCGAACCAUUCGGACAUGUCGGCGUCGCCAGGGCCGUUGUCCAGCCGGACCACCCGCAUUUCAUUGGUGGCGGAGACAAUGAACAUGGGCGGAGAACCGGACACGGUGAAUAUGGGAGGAGAGCCGGACGAUGAGGAUGAAAAUAAUCAACAGUUCGCGGCCACACCAAAAGCGCCAAAGCCUCACAUGAUCGAAGACGAAUAUUCGAAUCACGUGGAACAUAACGACGAUGAAGCCCCUCCCAUGCUGGCCUCAGCUUCACAUCACGUCGAAAGCGUACCAAUAAAUCAUAAUAUAUCCGCGGAAAGCCAUGGAUCAAGAGAUUUGGAGACCUUGACUAGCAAUAAUUACCAUCACGAGCCGAACGUCCCCUCAACCUAUCCACAGCCCUGGAUUCAACAUAAAAAUGUGAACGGGUACAAUCACAAGACCGAUUUUCUUCCACACAAGUCCAGCGUACCCGAUUACAAUAUCCAUAAGAACGAAUUCGCACAUAGGAAAUCGACUGUCGGUGAUUUUACCCAACUUCACUCGUAUGACAGCACGUAUCAUCAAACCCUAUCGCAACCCGAGAUCUACCAGGAACAACACAUGGUGAGCACUCUAAAGCCACAACUCGACUGUCCCGCAAGCUCUCAUACGAAAAUGCCGGGAAUUGCGUCGAUGGAUCCGGCGUCGGCACCACCAGAGCUGGAUGAAAACGAAAUGCCAAUCCUCAAGGCUGAAGACAACAGUGACAUGCCGGUCUUGGAUGAGGCAGAAGAUGACGAUGCACCACCUCCACUGUCACCGAAAUUUGUAAGUAGCCGAACCAGUAGGGUCGUUGGCACUUUGCCCUGAAGAUUUUACUAGCUGUGCCUCAUUUCCAGUCGCUAUCUUCCGAAAAUAUGAAUAAAUACUCUUUCCGUUGCAGGGUGCUCAAGCCAACGACGCGGUAGACUCUGGUCCGCCUGUCUUGGAUAACAGUUCACAGCCGCCUCGCCGUUCCUCGGGCCCUCCAAAAAUCGCCGAACCAAAGGUGACCAACGCAAUGGAGAAGCUAGCCAUCGAUUGCACUCCAAGCACAUCGAUGCCGCAGCCGCUGAACAAAACAACCCCAGAGUUACACUUCCAUGGCGGAAGUGGUGACUAUCCAAAGUUGCGACAGAACAGUGUUCACCAUCAAAGUCCGAUCUUGCCACCGAAUUCGAAUUCACCGGCCAAUUACAAGUAAGAUUUGAGAGAAUAUCUUACGAAUUCCUUCGCACGUCAAUCCAAAAUAGAAGAAAAAAUUUCUCGCCCCUUUUUGGUGAUUCGUUCAAAACGAAAUGUCACUAUCCGAUAAAACGCAUUUUCUUAUCUUUCUUCUUCCUUUUCGAGAAAAAGCAAGUAUUUCGGGCGGGAAAACGUGCCGAUAAUUUCGAAACGGUUCAAGAAAUGCGCUGGUUACAUGUCUGUAACCAGUGCUAACGUGCUUCGUUACAUGUCUGUUUUCCAAGAUCUACUAACUGAUCCCUAUUUUCAGGCCCAACUCUUUGCCACAGCCUUCACAAAUCUUCUCUCCGCCCGCCCAAAUCCAUACGCCCAAUUCUCAUCAGCCGCUUUCGCAAACUUCGACAAGCACCAACUCAGAGAGUGUGGUAAAUCAACCAGAAAUGUUGUCGCCGCCCAAUCUGUCGAAGCCAACCGAGCCCAUAGUCAACUUCACUCUUCCUCCAGCAGCUCCACCCACAUACUCUCCGCCAAAAAGCAAGGAGAAGAAAACCUCCGUGGCCGCAACGAUCUCUUCCCAUCAGACGAAUCAGGCGAGAAGACGAAACACAACCGACGGAUCAACACACAAACCAAUGACAAGACCCUCGACGACGGUGGAGCCGGCAUUGCCAGCUCAACCAGCAAUGAACACCUCGACCAUUGGCGGAUUUCCAUUUAUGAAUCCGUAUUUGGGAGCGAACGGAAUCAGCACAACGAUGGCUGGCGGUUUCCCCAUCAAUUACGGGAAUCAAAUGCCCGCCACGAAUCGAUACGACUACAACUCGACCAUGUUGAACACUCCAAAUUAUUUCUGGAAUAUGAACUAUCCCCUGAACAACGCAACGCCCGCAAAUCCCAUGCCAAAUCCGGCGAAAUCUAUGCCCGCUUCAGCGUUCCCAAUUCUGAAUCCGGCAAUGCCAAACCCAAUGGACACAACAGGAAUGCAGUAUUAUAACGGGCUUCAACCCAACACUGCAACGCCUCAAAUGCCACCCACCAAUGGAGCCUCGAAUUUCGCAAACUUCGCCAACGCUGCUCUCGCUCCCAAUCCAAGCAACUCAGCUUAUUAUUACUAG